AUGAGUUCGGGCUCUUGGGGUGUAUGGACAGCAGCAAUCCCCCAAAGCGAGAACAGCAAUGCUGCAAGGCUGCAGCAAAUGCUGCAGCAGCUCAAAGACGCUUCUCAAGAGCAAGAAAUCGAAGGUGUUGUUGUCAAGCCGUGA